UUCAGGUAAAUCCGUGUUACGAAGCAGAAGACAGAGGAGACGUCUUGGAGUUACCGCGCACCUGUUUCCAAUGCUUGUACCAAUAAGACAAAGAGACCCGCAGUGAAAACAAUUAUUUAUACCGUAAAACUUAACAACAAUACGCAUUGUUUUUAUCGGUUACAUUUGACGUUUAGAGAUGGCUGCGAGUGUAGGCUUGGCAAUGAAUCCGCCGCACACUGAGGAGCGGGCGGUGUUCACACAACUGAAGCCCGUGAGGAUGACGGCGGGAGAAUGCACCGAGGACUCGUCAGUGUUCGAGGAAGUCAAGCCCGCGACCCACUUGGAGCUAGAGAAGUACCUCCCCCUCUCCGGCAGCCCCCUGAUGGCCCCGCCCACCGCCACCUCCCCGGACAGGAAGUACCGCCGGGAGAGCGCCUCGACGGUGGACGAGUUCUUCUCCGAGGAGAAGCCCGUGGCGCCGUACAGCCUCAACAUCAACGUCAUCCUGCCCAGCACCACCCACCUGCGCACGGGGCUGUACCGCUCCAACACCAAGCACAUCAAGACGGAGCCGGGCCUGGAGGCCCCCUGCACGGUGGGCCCCGCCUCCCAGGCCCUGCCCGACUUCACCUCCGUCUUCAGCAUGUCCCCGGGCGUCAACCACAUGUUCCUCAAGCCGGAGCUGAACCCCAGCGAGGUGAGCCACUCCCAGCAGCAGCAGCAGCAGCAGCAGCAGCAGCAGCAGCAGCAGCCCUCCCUGGGCAUGGACCUCCAGAUCGGGCCCCCCGCCCCCCAGCCCCAGGUGUACCACAUGCCCCACGCCGACCUCACCAUGACCUUGACCCACAGCGCCCAAUCGGGAGCCGGCGCCAACUGCGGCCGGACCAUGCUCAACCUGGGCGUGACGACGUCGGCGGGCGGGGACUAUACCAUGUCUGACCACCAACAGCAUCUCCCCCCCCACCACCAUCAACAGCAGCACCAUCAGCAGCACCAGCACCAGCACCAACACCAGCAGCAGCAGCAGCAACAGCAGCAGCAGCAGCCCCUCCAUUACUACCAGCCGUCGCCGGGGAGCGGCCCCCACCACCAGCCCCACAGCCUCCCCCCAUCGCCCCCCAACUCCCAGCCGGGGAGCCCCGACGGCCACGCGGAGCUGGGUCUGCUCCCCCACCGGCUCUCGGCCGCCACGCCCCCGCCGCCCCCUCCUCCCUACCACCAACGGGCGGGGGGCAUGAAGAUCCACGGCAUGUCCCAUCACACCAUGCUGAUGACCCACGGCCAGGGCGUCCUGACCGGGCCGCGCUACAACCGGCGGAACAACCCCGAGCUGGAAAAGAGGAGGAUCCACUUUUGUGACUUCCCAGGGUGCACCAAAGUUUACACAAAGAGUUCUCACCUGAAGGCCCAUCAGAGGACACAUACAGGGGAGAAGCCCUACCGGUGUACCUGGGAGGGCUGCGACUGGCGCUUCGCCCGCUCGGACGAGCUGACGCGUCACUACAGGAAGCACACCGGCGCCAAGCCCUUCAAGUGCGUGGCGUGCAGCCGCUGCUUCUCCCGCUCCGACCACUUGGCUCUUCACAUGAAGCGCCACCAGAACUAACCCUGUUCCCCCGGCAAGCGCACGCUACCGCCAGACACGAUGUCCAGCUGGUCCAGGUGGUGGAUACACAAACAGAGACGGUUGUAGUCUGUCCGCACGCCCGCAGGGUGUGGGUUGAGUUAAAGUUGUUUCAGCAUACACGCGCGCACACUUGCGCAAACGCCAUGUAUAUAUUUAUAUAUGUACUUAUACUGUAAACACAGACAUGCCAAUAAACAUUUGUGCUCUUCCACAAUGCAUUUGGGAGGACACUGGACACCAAACUGUUGGUUCUUAUCGGCCGCGACAUCCUGAGUGUUCCCUUAUGGCCUUUGUGGACACACUGUAACUCUUGGUCCUGUGUAAACAUUUGUAUAUAUACUUUGGGUGUAUCCCAAAAUGCAACGAAUGUAUUGAAAUGUAUACUUGACAAUUAUAAUUUUUUUUAUCAUGUUUAAUAUUUUUUUAAUCGGGUCAAUAUUUAGGCCCUCCCGCGGUGUCGUAAUCCACUCGAUCGCAAACCGAAAAAAAAAUCCGCUAAUAUUUUGUAACAGUUUUGUGGAAAAGUAAAUGAUAGGCUGGAUGGUUGUUGUGCUCAGGCUGUUCUUCCCAGGCUGUGCCCGCUCACGCCCCUGGGUGAACAGAGCCGCUCACCCGUGUUUGUGUUCAUAACCAAACUGGUUGCUAUGACAACGGAACUCAAUUGACGACAGCCGGUUUACAACGUCUAUUCAUAUUUUUUCUAUUCAAACACUUCAAACACAGAGGAAUGAAAGACGAAGAUAUGAGGGCUUCUUUAUAAAUUGUAUGGUUGUUAUUGUAAUUAUUACGUAUGAAUGAUGCGCUAAGUUAAUCUUGCACUCGAUUGUUUUUUUCUAAUAUUAUAUAGCGACUAACUGGUAAGUUAGUGCUGGAAAAUUCAAACUAUUUAACUGCUUAGUUUGUUUGGCCAGUUGGUUUGCUGUAAUUGUAUCACAUCAAAAUAUAAAGUGCCGACAUUCUCAUUCUGGGUGAAUGAGAGCGAAUGGCUUUUCCAUUAUUUGGAACUUGACUUGCUCACAACUGUCAGCUAUACUAUGCUGUAUACAAGGCAAUGGUGAUUCUUUAAUUCAAUCAAAUAACAAAAAUUUUCUUAUUGUUAUUGUUAAUACUUUUAACCAAAGGCACUUUGUCAACUCUAACAACUCCAACCCCCCCCCCCCCCCCCCCCCCCUAAUAUUUAAACAAAGAAUUGUCAGGAAAGAAAAAUAAUGAUCACACUUCAUUUCCUCAGAUGCACUUUGUAUUAAUGUUUAAAGUGACUCUAUAUUUUAACUGUGUCCAAUAAUAUGAUUCGUCUACGGAUACAUUUUUAUUAUUUUGAACAGUCUGCCUUUCCCUUUUGUUGUUCAUAGGUCACCCUGGUCAUUACCUCUGUCUUCAUGUUUUAACUGUCACUUUAACCUCUGUCUUUUUUCAUCUGUGUUUAACUGUAUGUGCUCUCUACGAGACAAGUCAGUUGGCACGCUGAAUGUAAAGCCCAAUGUUAUUUAAACUGAGGGACGAAAUAGGCUAGGUUUAUUUAAACCUUCCUGGGAUUCAUGCAUUCCUACAGAAAUUACUUUUAACCGCAGCAAAGCCUACUCAGGCAGGUUGAAAGCUCACUCAAAAGUAAAUGUUGGAUUUUGUUUCAUUGGCUGUGAUUGACGGCUUGGCCGACGACAUCAUAAAACGUCUGCCGUAACUUGAGGCUAACAUAAUUAGUGGUACUACGGACAUGGGGAACACUGCUUUGUUCCCUAUAUGCUGGUUCAUCUAAGACUGAUCCUGGUAUUUUUCCGUUGUGUUUUCUUCUUUUUCCUUGUCUUCUGGUCGCCUUGAUUUUUUUCAAUGCUAUCUUCAGUAAUGUCCUUUUGACCGCAUACUUUGUACAUAAGUGUACGUUUGUAAAACAGAGCAAUUGUAAAUAUUUGUUUUUCACUAAUUAUUAUUUUUUUAAAUAUGAACAAACGGGCAUUUAGACAAGUAGUCCAUGAUUGAUUGGGUAAAUCUUUUGAUACUAGAAAAUGUUUGGAUAACAAUGAAUCAGUUUGUGUACAAUAUUAUGAGGAACAAGUUUUGGUUUAUUUACUGUUUUACGUGAUAGUUUCUGUUUGAGUCAAAUAGGAAAUUGUAAUAAAACAUUUUUUAGAUAUCUA